AUGACCGAGUCCAAGUCAGUGGCCAUCAUCGGAGCCGGCAUUUUUGGACUUUCGUUGGCCAUUGCUCUGCGAGAGAAGAACUAUGAAGUGACCGUCUUUGAUCGAAGCCAAUAUGAUGCGAAUGAAUAUGACCCCGCAUCGGAUGAUGUUCAGGCUGCUUCGGCGGAUCACAACAAGAUCUUUCGUGCUUCCUACGGGAAAGAGAUUCACUAUCAGCGUCUCGCUUUCGAGAGUCGCAAGGCAUGGAUUGCCGAAGACGAGAAGCGAGGCUUCCCGGAACACGGCAGUGAGAGUAAUGACCGGAUCUUCGUGAACAGUGGCAUGCUUCGUAUCCAACCGUCAGAUCAGUUAUCGGCACUGGAACAGGAAACCCUCGCCAACAUGAAGCGGGAUGGGCUGAGAGAUACUCAGUUUGUCAAAAGUGACCCCGCGGAUUGCCAACGCGCUGGCACAUUGGGCUGGAAAGAGAAGAUUCUCGACUUUCGGAUUCCUGAUUCCCCGGGCAAUUCGUACGAAGCAGUGCUGGACUCAACGGCUGGGUUUGUUCGAUGCAGUAAGGCCUGUGCCCAUUACCAAAAGCUGGCGGCCGAGAAAGGAGUCAAAUUUUACUUGGGAUCUGCCGGAGCGGUGGAAUCGAUGGUCAAGGUCAAAAGCAGUCUGGAACCAGGCAAAGACAAGGUGACAGGGCUCAAAACUCACAGUGGCAUGAUACAUGAGGCCGAUGUCGUUGUUGUGGCUGCCGGUUCAUUCUCGACGCAAUUCCUACCUGAGUUGAGUUACCAUCUGGAGUCCUCUGCUGGGAGUCUUGCCACCUUCAAGAUUGACAAGAAUAACACUGCCCUGUGGGAGAAAUAUUCACCAGAGCGCUUUCCAGUUAUGGCUUGGAAGAGCGUACCUCGCGAUAUUUCUGGCAAAGACACGGGGAGUAUUUAUGUUCUACCAAGAACUCCAGAGGGCUUGGUGAAGAUUGGUUACCGUGGGAUCAAAUGGACAAACUUUCAACCAGCACCACAAGGCGCUUCAUUCACUCAGGAUGGUCAAUGGUCAGUCCCCCUUCCAGUUGAAGAGUGCGCAAAGCUACCGGAGCCGGCCAUCUACUGCAUCAGUCAGUUUGUGUCCACAUUUCUACCAGAGUUUGAUGGAACUCCAUUUUUCUCUACAAAGCUUUGCUGGUAUACGGAUUCACUGGAUAAUUCCUUCGUGAUUGAUCAUGCACCAAUUUUUGCGGAGAAAUCGGUAUUCGUGUGCACAGGGGGCAGUGGCCACGGCGCCAAAUUCUUACCAGUACUGGGAAAGCAUGCCGCGGAUAUUAUGGAGAAAGGAGGUCAAAGUUCAUCUUUUAUGCGAGAGUUCUGGCGCUGGCGCCCCGAUGCCCCAAGAAGGAAUGGACUUGAGGAGGGCCCUGACGGACCGAGAAAUAUCUCGCAGCGCCAGACUUGA